AUGACACAGCGGCGUAACAACAGCAAAAAGAGCCAGAACCGAAGGCGAGCUGCGCUGCAAAGAAGUGGCAAUUUGAAUGCCAGUGUUCCCAGCUUGAUAGCAACGCACGCGCUUCUCAGCGGAAACCAAAAGUCCAGAGUUAAAGAGACAUCAACUUUGAAUGAAGUGUCAGGAGCGACGGUUACUUUUCUAGUCCUUCGGUCGGUGGUGCUCCUAGUGUCUGUCGCUCAGCGGCUUUGUGUGCUGGUGAUUCACGAGAACAUAAAUCAGAAAUUUAAUCAAUCUCACGUGCCGACUUGCAGUUGGCCACAGUUUCGUCGUUAUUUCGGAGUGAUUAAGUAUACGCCAGCUGCGCUCUACUACUUCGCGACCGGAAGCGGAAGUUGGCAGGCCGGAAGUCUGGCUGGUUGUUGCUGUGGUCCCUGCCAGCUCCUGGCAAACGAAGCUGAACAAUCGGAGGACGUGAACGAGAACGAGGACGGGUACCAGGACUAG